UCCACACACGCGCGCGCGCGCACACACAGACACACAAAAAGCAAGCUCGAAGAGAGUACUGCCGCUAGCUAACCAUGGAGAAGUUCUCGGUUGGGUUGGCCAAGUCGGCGGUGGAGGGGACGCUGGUGGCGGUGAGGUCGGCGAUCGAAGAGGAGAGGAGGCUCAAGGUGCAGUUCACCAACGACCUGGUGUUCAUCAUCGACGAGUUCGAGAUGAUGCAGUCGUUCCUGAGAGGCACCAACUCGGGGGAACGCGUAGCAAAGAACCAACUGGUGGGCACCUGGGUCAGGAGAGUCCGCCGCCUCGCCUUCGACGUGGAAGACUGCGUGGAGUUCGUCGUCCAUCUGGAAAAGUCGUCGGCCUUGGACUGGGUGAGGCGCCUGGCCUAUCAUUUCACCUGCAGGACGUCGCUGCUUCCCCUGGACCUGGCGGUCGCCCAGAUUCAGGAGCUGAAAGCCAGGGUGGUGGAUGUAAGCCAGAGGAACACCCGCUACAGCCUCCUCACCAACUUCGACGACGUCCCUGCCUCCAAGCCGGAGGAGGCCACAACCCCCUACGCCGGUGCAUCAUCCAACAUGCUACACGAUGUGUGGGAGGCCGCAGGGGAGGGUCGUCACUGGACGAGGGACCUCAAACCUUUGAUCAGGGGUGGAGGCACCGACCUUGAGGUGAUCUCUGUAUGGGUAAGCACUCCUACUACUGAAGGAGGUGGUGGUGGUGCUGCUGCUGCUCAUCAUCCUGAGACGGCGUACGUUAUCAGUGAGGCGUACGAUGACCCAGAAAUCCGCCGGGAGUUCGAAACCCGUGCCAGGGUGAAGCUGAUGCAUCCCUUUGACCCGGACCAUUUCCUCGAGAGCCUGCUCACCCAGUUGUACUGCAACUCUUUCCAUCCAAGAAAGAUAGGUGCAGAGUUGGGUAAAAACUUGAAGGCAAAAGUGGCCAGGUACAACGAUUACCUCAUGGGGCAACUGAGCCAGCAGAAGUAUCUCGUCAUCCUGGAAGAUGUAACCGAUGUGGCAGAGUGGGAUGCCAUCCGAAUGUUUCUGCCGGUCACUAACAAUGGCAGCCGGAUCGUCGUGUACACUGCGCAGCACAUAGGGCUCGCACGUUUCUGCACGGGGGGGGCGUGCCGAGUAUCAGAGCUCAAACGCUUCUCCAAAGGUCAAUCUCUUUGUGCCUUCUCCAACGAGUUGGCAGUCCGUCGCAGUGAUUUGGGUGAACUUAAUUGGCAAAUAACGCGUGGUGGUGUCAUCUCCCUGCUUCAUGCUGGUGGUCCAUUCGCCGAGGCGGAUGUCAUCAAAGAGAGCACUAGUGGUGACCAUCCAUAUCACAUUCAAAUGCUCUACAAAUACAUAAUGCAUAUGCGUAUAAAAUUGGACAUACGGCUAAGGGAAGAUGUAAAGGAGAAGCAGAGUUGGGUGAAUUUGAAUGUGAUUCGGUAUCACAUGAAGUCCUUUUCUGUUGGACUGCUUCUCGAGGCAUUCUCUGUUGGACUGUUUCUGGGCUUUCAGCGACGUGAUUUUCAAGCCAAAGAUAUUAAAGCAGUCGGUGGGCAGGGACACCAAGCUAUAGUCCGACGGUGUCGCAGGUAUCUGCGUCAUUAUGCCUGCCUUGUUGUUAUUAAUGGUCUGUCGGAAGAGUCCGAAUGGGAGAUGAUCAAAGACACAUUCUUAUUAUCCGGUGAGCCAAUUAAUAAAGGCACCAGUAUCAUUGUCAUUACAACUGACAGGCAAGUAGCCGAACAUUGUGUAGAUGACCAACAGCAUCGAGUCUUUUGUAUGGACAAAGAUGUGAAGCACAACAAGGCUCUAAACCGCUUCAUCGAGGAUUAUAAAUGCUCUGAAAUUGGAGGAAAGCAGCGUUCUCGUUUAUUCCAUGACACAGAAAGUCUAUCGUACUCGAAUUUUGAGUUCCAACUUAUUGGUCGAGAUAAUGAAGUGUCUGCCCUUGAGAGACAAUUACAAGAUCCUGGUGUGAUCUCCGUAUGGGGCUCUUCUGGUUUUGGGAAAUCACUGAUUGUUAAAAAGGUCUACUAUGGAGAAAUGCGCAAGGACUUAUUUGAAUCACUCAGCUUUGUGGACUUGCCUGGUCGUGAUCCAUUCGAUCUGACCGACUUCUCUUGGCAAUUGCUGCUGGACUUUUAUACACGUAAGCCUCGAAUCAAGGAAAAGAUUGUAAAUUCUCUGUACAAAGGCCAGCAGGACCCGAUUCAAGCGUGUUGUCGUGUUCUGCGACGAAGAAAAUGCUUGGUUGUGAUCGAUGGUCUGCAGUUUAGAGGUGAUUGGGACAAGAUAAGAGAUACGUUCUUUCCCCCCGAUGAUCAGCCUAUUAAAGGAUGUGUUGUUGUCAUUACAAAGGAUAAUAGUCUCGCCAGACAUUGUGUCGCUGCAGAUGAUCGAGUGCUGGGUGUGGAACGUCUGAGAGUGUUUCGACGUCUUCCCUUAACAGAGUUACGUCGUCCUCAAGUCAGUUUUCUGUACCACCUUGUUGGGCGUGAUAAAGAAAGUGAAUGGCUUCGGUGUCUGCAGCCCGGUGUGUAUUCCUUGUGGGGGGUUGCUGGUGUCGGGAAAUCAGCACUCGUCAGGGAUUAUUGCCUUAGAAACCAGAACCUCCGACAGAUUUGGGUUGAUGUGCCUGAUCCAUUCGAUCUGACGGAGUUCUCCCGGCGCUUACUUGUGGGUUAUCAUUCGCAUGAUCUUCGAACCCCAGAAAUUGCAGCAGUUGCCAUCAUAGAAGGCCAAGACACAGUUCACGGGUGUCGCCAAAUUCUGCGUGAAAUAACAUGCUUACUUAUUAUUGAUGGCCUAAGAUCCAAAGAUGACUGGGAUCUGAUAAGAGCUUCCUUCUUGUCCGAGCAUAAUGAUCAUACUAUGAUCGUCAUAUCAAAUGAAGCAAGUGUCGCCACACAUUGUGCAUCACGUGACGAGUGUAGAGUGUUCAAUGUCAAAGGUUUAAAAGCUACACAUUCACUUCAUCUCUUCAGACAGAUAGCUUGGGACGCCGGCAAGGAUCAGUUGACUACCGAAGAGAGGGAAUUUUCAGAAGCUAUCUUGGCCAAGUGUGGCGGACUUCCCAAAGUAAUAGUUGCUAUAGGUGAAUAUGCCUCGGAAAGAAUUGCUUCCCUGUUCUAUUUCCAGGCCUUGACUAGACUAUCAACAGAAAUACAUCAUGACUUUAUGGGCAAGUUGGAGAUGGACUCGAGAUUCCAUAGUUUAAGAGGUCUAUUUUGUUGGAUGCAGUCCUACUUCGAUGCUUGCUCGGAUGAACUCAAGCCAUGCAUCUUCUAUCUCUUAGUCUUCCUGAACAUCAGACGAAGGCGUAUGCUGAGGCGAUGGAUCGCCGAGGGUUAUUCCGCAGAGGACAAUGCGGAAAUGUUGUUUGAUCAGUUUGUGGACUUGAGCAUAAUUCAAAAGCAGGAGACACCAAGCAGCGGCAGAAAUAUGUACCAAGUCAAUGGUUUCUUCCUUGAAUAUAUCAAGUCAAGGCCAAUGGAAGAUAACCUUGUCUUCGUACUGGAAGAGCAUUAUUGCAGCCCCAACACACAACACACGAUACAACACCUUGCUAUAAUGAGCAGCUGGGACAGAGACCAGAUAGUAUUUGAAAGCAUGGACUUGACACGGCUGAGGUCUUUGACUAUGUUUGGGGAGUGGAUGUCAUUCUUCAUCUCUGCUGAUACCAAGAUGAGACUGCUUCGUGUGCUUGAUCUGGAGAACACGACUUCUGGUGUAACAGAUGAUGACCUCGAGCAGAUCCUGAAGCUAUUGCGUCGUCUCAAGUUUCUUUCCCUAAGAGGAUGCCGAGAUAUCAACCGUCUGCCGGAUUCUUUGGGUUGCUUGAGGCAGCUGCAGACUCUGGAUGUCAGACACACCAAAAUACGCAUGCUGCCCCGUGCUAUCAUCAAGCUAGUGAAGCUGCAGUAUCUUCGUGCUGGCACCACCACUCAUAAAUCAUCGGAUGAAGGCGUACUACCAGCAGCAGAUGAGGAUGGCUGUACAUCGAUAUGUAGCCAGACACCAGCAUCAAGGCAAGGCGAUGACAGUGAUGACGCGAGCUCAAGCCUGCAGAUAGCAUUCGGAGAUGGUGAUGUCGCGAGCACAAGCCUGCAGAUAGCAUCCGAAGGAGAUGGUGAUGUCGCGAGCACAAGCCUGCAGAUAGCAUCCGAAGGAGAUGGUGAUGGCACGAGCACAAGACUGCAGAUAGCAUCCGGAGGAGAUGGUGGUGGCACGAGCACAAGCCAGCAAGCCGCUGCAGACGGUGGUGUCGCGAGCACAAGCCAGCAAGCAGACAAGGUCCUGACAGCAGCGCCACGCAGCUGGACCAGGGCACGUGAUCUGGUGGUGUUGUGCAGGAAGAAGCUGCGCAGACGGCGACGAUCACAUGCCGAUGAUGGCAGUGUUGUUGAGGUUGCUCUGGGCGCUGCAAAGGAGAUGGGGAAGCUGAACGCCCUACAUACCCUCGGUGUUGUGCAUGUUGGCAAUGGUGCUGCUGGAAAGGCAUUCUUGGUGGAGCUCAAGAAGCUAACCCAGUUGCGCAAGCUCGCGGUGUCCGGCAUCAACCGGAAAAACUGGCACAAGUUAUAUUCUGCCGUCUCGGGUCACCUCCAUUACCUCGAGUCCUUGUCAGUGCGAAUCGACAAGGCAGCAGAAGCAGCUAGUUUCUUUUCGGAUGAAAUCUUCACCAAAGACGUACCGAAUGGCUUGCCCAAGAGCCUAAAGAGCCUUAAGCUGUACGCGGAGGACGGGAAAGGGAACGUACACGUAUCCCCGGUCCUGAUCAAGCAGCUUGGCAAUCUCACAAAGUUCAACUUCGAGUUGACGGUAUCAACGCAACAGGACAUAGACAGCCUUCUGGAAGUGCCAAGUCAUACGGGUAACCUGUUUCAUCAUCUUUAUGUCAAGCCCAUUCAAGAUGGGCAGCUCUGUUAUGCUCCGUGGCGUCCGUCAGAUUCAGAUUGGGUAUUGUUCAGCAAAGUCAAAGUCGUCGAGAUUGAUUGCGGCAGCUACAGGUCAGAGAUAUUUCUUGGAGAAUGGGUACCACCAAAGGCUGAGGUGCUGGUGGUUCACUGCUCUAGUGCUGAGUCGUCUUUGGAGCUUUCUGGGCUAGAAGAGUUAGAUUGCGUCAAGGAAGGGGACCUCAAGGAAGUGCGGCUCAAGGGUUCCUACAGCGAAGCUCUCAAGCAACACUUGCAGAAGAAACUUGACGAGCUCGAGGAUCCUCGUUGGGGGGACAGACCUGAGUUGAAGACUUGAAGUUGAAGCUUGAUGAUGACCAUCAAUCAAAGUCUAGCUGUCCUGCGUGCUGACAGACACGUUAAUUCAAGCUAGUUUCUUCUCACCGCGUGCAAAGCAAUGUUAUCAUCCGGCGUGUUUGUAGUUGUACUGCUAUUUGAACUUUUUAUUUUAUUUUCUUAAAAAUCAAUACCUUUCACACUAUGCAUUGACAGUUAACUCCUUUGAUUCAAAGGAAAUUCUUAGGAUUUUUGGAGGAUUUGAAACC